UAAACCGAAGAAAGGAGAUUUACACAAGAAGGAGAGAGAAAACUGUUUCCCUCUCUUUCUCUCUCUUCCUUAUCCCUCGCCGCAAACUCUUUCACCCAACUCUCCGAUGGCCGGUCUACUAAAAACGCCGUCUUUACACCUCACACCGUCUCUUCUUCAUGCACCCUCCGUGCCCUUUAAGCCCUUUUGCGUCUCCUUCGCCGGAGGAAGAAACAUCAGCAGCGUCUCACUCUCUCGCCGAGCUGCUUCUCUCCGCUCUGUCUCCGGUGGCUAUCCUCUCCGUUUACUAAACUUCGUACCGUUCGCUUCUGGAGAAUCCGAGACGACGGAGACUGAGGUCGAAUCCAAAGAACCCGAAGCCCAGGAGACGGAUGGUGCUGUUGGUGUUGAGAGUGAAGAAGACACUAGCUCUGAGGAAGAAGCGGGGGUUACCAUAGCAUUGCUGAAUUCGUAUAAAGAAGCUUUAGCAGAGAACAACGAGGAGAAGAUUGCUGAGAUAGAAGCAUCACUGAAGUCCAUUGAAGACGAAAAGUUUCAGCUCGAGGAUAAAGUAGCAUCUUUAACCAAUGAGCUAACUGUGGAGAGGGAUCGGCUGAUAAGAAUCAGUGCGGAUUUCGACAAUUUCAGGAAGAGGACGGAGAGGGAAAGGCUGAACCUUGUUUCCAAUGCUCAGGGAGAGGUUGUGGAGAAUCUUUUGGCUGUUUUGGAUAAUUUCGAGAGAGCUAAGUCUCAGAUUAAAGUGGAGACUGAAGGAGAGGAGAAAGUUACUAAUAGCUAUCAGAGCAUAUACAAACAGUUUGUGGAGAUUCUGGGGUCGCUCGGUGUGGUCACUGUGGAGACAGUUGGCAAGCAGUUUGAUCCAAUGCUUCAUGAGGCAAUAAUGAGGGAGGAUUCUGCAGAAUAUGAAGAAGGUAUAGUACUUGAAGAAUACAGGAAAGGUUUCUUGCUAGGGGAAAGGCUUCUACGUCCUUCAAUGGUGAAAGUAUCAGCUGGACCUGGACCAGAAAAGCCCAGUGAAGCUGAAGGAGAAGAAGCCACAUCACAAGGAAACGCAGAAGAAAAAGAAGCAGAAGCGGCUUCAUCUUGAAUGAAAGACGAUCAAGACUCGGUAGUUUUGUGUGUGUGUGUGUGUGUGUGUGUGUGUGUGUGUGAGAGAGAGAGGGAGAGAGGUGGUUACGGUUAAUUACUGUGAUUCUUGUUAUUACAUUAUAUCAUUUCUACAGAGUUUAGAGAAUAGAACAAGGUUUUCGAUUAACAACGAAAAUUUGAGUA